AUGUUCCGAGACGUAAUGGCGACGAGCCUGCGGCAAGUCGGCCGCACGGGCGGCACGCAGAGCCUACCCAACAUCUCCAGCAGCGCCCCUGUCCCAGAGAUUCAAGUAUCCUCCGAGGAGAGCUUGACUUUUAGCAGAAAGUCGUCGACAGAGUCCAGAGAAUUCUGGGAAGAAACGACGCAGCUUUUGCAGGAGUUGAGCAUUCUGCGAGAGGACGUGGCAGAAAUAGCCUGCCCCUGUCGCAAACCUGGUUGUCCCUUCAGGCACGACGCCGGUAGGACCAGACCGCGCGCCGGCGGGGCCAUGACCAAGCGACGGGGCACGCAGCACAUGAUCGAGACCCGGCCGUCAAACUCUGAUAGGGACAGUCUGUCGCGAAAGAACGUGGUCUCGUACCUCGCCAGCAUCCAGCAGCAGCAACAGCGUCAGAGACACGGUCCGCAGAAAGCCGUCCAGUUCAGACAAGACGACUGUCUCGUAACGGAGGAGCCUCUGGCUGGGCUCAUAGGCGAAGAAUACUUCAUCAGGAGUGCUCCUUCGAGAAAGGCUCGGAGGAGGCACAGCUGUAUAAGAGUCUCUAACAGUUACCCAACCACCAUGAACAGUCUGGCAGUGCCUAACUUCCUUGAUCUCCCAUACGAGAGAUGGUGCUCCCUCCCAAACGGAAUGGACUGUCAUCUGGGGAGCAGUCUCGACAGCCUCGAUUGUGAGAAACUACAGGACGUUCAGAAAUCGUUUCUCCUGAGAAGACAGAGAGUCCACCAGUCCAGUAUUGAACUGGACAGAUGGUGA